GUAUAAAAAUUGAAUUUUGAAAUGACCGCUAAGUAUCCAUUAACGGAAAGAAACGAGGGAAUGAGUGGAAUCGGAACGCACCCCCACAGAAGAAAAAGGAAACAAAACGUAGUACAAGAUGGCUGCGUUUGGGUGUUGUGGCUACUAAUUUGUGUAAGACAUUUCUGUAAUAUUAGAUGGUUAAUUCAUAGUGAAAUAUUAAAUUUUGAUCAGUUAUUCGUUAGUGGAAUUGAGUUUGUGCGUGAUGCGUACACGCGGGAACGAUUCGCAUUGGGAGGAACAAUGCUAACACAUCGCUGAAACAUUUAUCACGGUUCAGGGGGUGGAUGAUAGGAAUUUACUGAAAAUCCAAGAUAGAAGCCGCUUGAAACACUGGAGAAAGACGGUGGAGCUUCGGAGGAGGAGGAGAUGUCUGCCGGCACCCAGGGCGAGAUUCGGGUUGGCCCUUCGCACCAGGAAUUGGUUUCUUGUCAGGCCCGUUUGCCUGAGUAUCGGCCGGGUAUACCUCCUGGAGAGCUGCUUCCUGAUCCAGAGUUUUCUAAAGAACGAGAAGAGCUAAGAUGGAUUCCAGCUAUGGCAUUGGACGGGGAUCUUCUGAUGUACUUAAGAGCAGCACGAUCUAUGGCUGCAUUUGCUGGCAUGUGUGAUGGAGGAUCCCCGGAUGACGGUUGUGUGGCUGCUUCCCGUGACGAUACAACCAUCAAUGCUCUGGACAUCUUGCACGACUCUGGCUAUGAUCCAGGAAGAGCACUGCAGGCGCUGGUUAAAUGUCCCGUACCUAAAGGCAUCGAUAAGAAAUGGUCCGAAGAGGAAACUAAACGCUUCGUCAAAGGACUUCGACAAUUUGGAAAGAAUUUUUCGAGGAUCAGAAAGGAUCUUUUGCCGCAUAAAGACACGCCGGAGUUGGUCGAAUUCUACUAUUUAUGGAAGAAGACGCCAGGGGCGAAUAAUAAUCGACCUCAUCGAAGACGACGUCAGGGUUCCCUUAGAAGAAUUCGCAAUACGCGCAACUCCCGAGCCGGUACUCCCAAAGAAGAGAUUCCAACUCCGCCGAAAGAUACUCCGGCAGCUAGCGUUAAUCAAAAGGAACCUAUUUCGGAGCCCGAAACUGUACCUGUUGGAACACCCGCUAGCAAUAAUCCUGGCGGGGAAAUUAGUUCUGUGACAGAGGACGAUAAUUCGGAAGAGGAUAGUGAUUCGAGGGAUACGAACACUAACGGAGCAACGCAUUCGUGUCAGCACUGUUUCUCGACGAAUUCGAAGGAUUAUCAGGUAGCCGGCAAGGAUAGGUUAUUGCUUUGUACGGAAUGCAGAACACAUUUGAAGAAGACCGGGGAACUGCCGCCUGCUCCUCCGUAUCUGUUCCGCCCUGUGCCUGCGGAAUCACCAGAUAGCCCAGGGAGAAUGCGUACACGAAACAAGGCUAAGGAGACGCCUAGACCCGCGAGACCCCGACGUACAGGUGGAACGGAUACCCCCGAUCAAGAGAAGCAACAGCAGCAGCAGCAGCAGCAGCAACAACAACAACAACAACAACAACAGCAGCAGCAGCAGCAGCAACAACAACAACAAACGCCGGAUAAAAGCAAGAAAAAAUCUUCCAGUAAGCCAGAAACACCGAAGAAAGGUCAAAAGCGGCCGCCAGCCGACGAGGUAGACGAGGAUAAAGAGUCUCAGAAACGAAAACGUCCUGGCGAACAACGUCCUGAGAGCCCUUCGGAGUCGCUCACAACCGACAGCAACUCUCUGAUGGACGAACCUGAGAGAGAAGGAGAAGGCGAUACGAACGAGAAUCAACCCACUCCAGUUACAGUGCCAACCGAGGAGCCAGUGAGUCCGGCCGUAACCACGCCGGAAGAGCCUUCCGAACCAACGCCUGUUUCAACCCCCGUGCCAGCACCGAUACAAACUUUACCCAUAUCUGUUCCUGUUAUUCACGCGUUGGAAAAGAAACCGUUGUUGGAGGAACCGUUGGAAACGAAGGAUCAAAUAGAAGAUGUACCUUUAGCCAUGAAUCAACCUCUGAAGUUGGAACCUAUGCCGAUAGAACCAGCCAUGUCCCCCUCGAACGAAGAUAUGAAAGAACCCGAACAGCAAUUGAACUUGACUACGUCGCAGUCGUUGAACAUGAACGAGAUGAAUCAGAAUAUGCCACGUAAUUUGUCGCAGACGAUUCAGAAUAGCGGUAUUUGUACAGCUUCCGCUGGUUCGCAAAGUGUACAGAAUUCGCAGAUCAUGUCUCCCACGCACCAAGGAUUGCCGCUUAAUAUGCAAUACGCAUCGAACGUUCCUCCCGUACAAAACGUGCCGCAGAACUUGUCGCAGAGCAUGCAAAUGCCGACGAGCAUACCGCAGAGUAUGUCGAAUACGCAAAAUAUGGGACCAACGCAGAACCUUCGAGGUCACGGUGAAAAUUUGUCGAGCGCGCAGAAUAUGCCCCAAAGCAUACCGGGACCACCGUUAAAUCUGAAUAUUUCGCAAAGCAUACCGACAAACAUCGCUCAAAUGCCUCAGAUGCCGAGUUCACCGCAACCUCUUGGUUUGACCGUGAUGUCUUCCGAGAAUAGGAUGUCCGAACGAAUUUCGGACGACAGAUUAUCGACGGAACGGAUAAGAGACGGUAGGAUACCGGACAGAAUACCGGACAGGAUACCCGAAAGACUUUCGGAACGCGCAGAAAAUAACGAGCCGGAGAGGAACGAGCCAAACAAUCUCUUUCAACCGAUUCAACCGAGCGGAAUGUUAUCGAUGGAGAAACCAUCCUCCAUGUACAAUUUGGCUGGCACGCCCCCGAUGGAGCCACAGAAUUUGAAGAUCAAGCAGGAAAUCAUUCCGCCCGAACCGGAUCCGCUUCAGAGCCUGAAAGAGGUGAAAGUUCCUGGUUUCCAGUCCGGCUUCCCUGGUCCGAGUUUAGAGAACAUUAAGAAGGAUCCGGAUAGUUCGAGCAAGCCACCGACACCUAGCAAACACUCGAUGCCGAGUAGCCAGCCAGUUCCUCAGAUGCAAUCGGUGACCGCGUCCCCAACGCCGUCUCUUCCACCUCCGCCUACGUCUAUUCCUCAACCCGUGAUGCAUCCGGCACAACAACCGAGUCCGCACAUGGCCCAUCCGUUCCAUCCUCAUCAUCCGUUAAUGCAUCAUUCGUUGUUCACUGCCAUGCAUCCGUAUCAUCCGCACGCUUAUCCAGGAUACGCUCCGGUCGGGGGAUAUCCUUCGUUUCCGCCGUAUCCUUACGGCCCGGUACCUCACGCUAUUCCUCCGCCGUCCCCGCAAAGGAGUCAAGAAGGUACAACUAUGAUGACGGCGCAUCAUUCGAGUACAAGCUCGAGCGUGACGACCAGAGAAGAAGGAGAAAAUCUGAUCGCCACGCAUCAUCACUCUUCCACGAUGCAUCAAGCGACGGCGUUGCACCACGAUAAAUUAUUAACGAUCUCGUCGCAUAGUUCCCAUAGUCAUUCGUCGUCGCAUAGUUCUCACAACGCUCAACGCAAGCCAUCGUUGGUGUCCGCUGCUUGUUUGACGUCCAGUAGUUCGUCGCAUCAUCAUCAUAGACCACCUCAGGCGCAACCGUCGGUCGUUCAGGAGCCGAAGAUAGAGCCCGAGUUGGUGGAGCAGGAGCAAGAGGAGCCGGCGAGUCCACGAGGUCCGUCCCCGGAACCGAGAAUCGAAGACUCGGAAUGUCAUAGGUCGCAGUCUGCUAUUUUCCUGCGACAUUGGAAUCGGGGUGAAAAUAAUUCUUGCACCAGGACAGAUUUGAUGUUCAAGCCUGUUCCGGAUUCGAAGCUGGCGCGAAAACGAGAGGAAAGAUCGAGGAAACAAGCGGAAAGAGAAAGGGAGGAACGCGACAGAGCGGCGGCGCAGCAAGCCAGGAAAAUGACGACUCCGGAGAAGCAACCGGAAGCUUGUAAGCCACCGAGCCGGGGACCGCUCGAACCAGUGGUGUCUCCGUACGAUAGGUACGCGGCGAGGCCAGGGUCGUAUGCCGACACGCCUGCCUUGAGACAAUUGUCCGAAUACGCUCGGCCGCACGCGGCGUUCUCGCCCGCUAGGCAUCCGGCACCGCCGGAUCCGAUGCUGCACUAUAUGUACAGCCCUGCGGCGCGCGAACGUCUGGAACUGGAACAUCUGGAACGCGAGAAAAGAGAACGGGAAAUCCGAGAGCUGCGAGAAAGAGAAUUGAACGAUCGAUUGAAGGAAGAACUGUUGAAAGGAACACCUAGACCGAUGCCGGCACCGGUGGAUCCUCAUUGGCUGGAGAUACAUCGGCGUUACGCGGCUGCGGGACUCGCGCCAGGACCCUCGGGACCGCCUCAAGCUUUGCAUCAAUUUAGUCUUUACGGAGCUCCACCUGGUCCGAGUCAGUUGGAAAGGGAACGUUUAGAAAGACUAGGGAUACCGACUGCAGCCGGCGGGGGGCCAGCGGGUGCAGGGGCUGGCCAUCCCGUGGCGGCUCAUCACCACGGCCAGCUGGACGAGCGACUGGCUCUAGCUGCUGACCCGAUGGUCCGGUUGCAGAUGGCUGGCAUUUCGCCCGAAUAUCAUGCUCACACUCAUGCGCAUACGCAUGCGCAUACGCACUUACACUUACAUCCGGGACAGCAGCAGGCCCAGCAACAGGCUCAGCAACAGCAGGAAGCGGCUGCGGCUGCAGCUGGAUUCCCCCUGCCUGCGGCAGCCGGUGCAAAUUAUCCGCGACCUGGCUUGAUGCCACGUGAUCCAGCGCUGGCUCUUCAUCCCGCCGAACUUCUCGGAAGACCGUACGCUGACAUGGCGGCUCAUCACGAGCAAUUACAACGUCAUCUAAUGAUGGAACGCGACCGAUUUCCUCCUCACGCAUCGCUCGUAGCACACCACGAGGAGUAUCUAAGGGUGUUUUUUAGACAACAGCGCGAGCGUGAGCUUAAAGUUCGCGCACUGGAAGAAGCUGCACGUGGAUCACGCCCUUAAGUAUCGUUGUAAUUUAUAUAUAUGUGUGCGAGAGAGUGUGUGUGCGAGCGCGCGCGUGUCUGUGUAUAUGUAUACAUACAUACAUACAUGCACAUAUUAAGAAUGAUUAUCCUUCAGAAUUAGGAUCUCGUUCUAGAUCGUGUGUUUUGACGACACGCUGUUUUCAAAGUAACAAUGGUGCAAAGACAGAUACAAACAUAUAUAUGAAGGGAGAGAGAAAGAUUUGCCCACAAAAGAUUACAUUCGUUAACCUUACGUUCAGAUUGAGAAAUUAUUUUUACGUAGUCUCCCUUAGAGCUAAGUAAUAGUAGUAAGGUGGGGAAAAACGUAAAGAUCGUUACGUUACGUCUAACUUUUUAGUGUAAAUACACAAAGUUUAAACCAUACUGCUACGUGAAAGAUGACUCGUUUAACACCGUAGAGAACUAUAAAGUAUAUAUAUAUAUACAUCUCGAUCCCUUUACACGUAAAUUUAUUUGGAAUCUCUUCCCCCCUCUCUCUCUCUCUCUCUCUCUCUCUCUCUCUCAUAUAUACAUAUAUAUUAAUUAUAGUAUUUACAAACUCAAAAUAUUACCAUACGUUUGAUUGUUCUUUCGUUCUUUUUCAAAAGGUGAUAAUGCCAAAGUGUUCAAAAGGAAAGUGAUUAUCCUAGAGAGUAGAUUAUUCUCUUUUCUUCGUUUUACUUAUUGGAUAUCAUAGGAUUAAACGAACACGAAAUACUAAUUUCGAAUAUUGUUUAGAACAGUGAUAGACAACUACGCGUACGAAGUGACGCACACCCGUGGGCACCGUUACAAAUUUCAUAUUUCUAUAUUUAUAAAAUAAUGAAUUUUUCAAUCUACCGAAUCCCUUAAUUUCUAUAUUUCCAAAUCCCGAAAGUCCUGAAUUUCCGAGUUGCUAAAUUCGAUAGUUCGACAUCUAAUCUAAUUAGUGAGCACUUUGGCAAGCGUUUGAUUUGCUCGUUAUUGGUGUAGAUAAACAACUUUCGAAUAUGCUUUCUUAAAACUGUCCGUGGGUAUAGCAACUGUUUUGGGGCAGUUUUCUUUGUAUUUUCCACAGACUUCCCGUAUUCUAUCGUAUUUCUAAGGAUGUAACUUAAGUUUUAAAUAUUAUUGUAAUUCUUUGUGUCGGACGAUUUGUAUAUUUUCUAUAUAUGUAUCCUCUUAAAAUUUUACUCCGAAAACAACCGAGCGUUUGAUACCUAGUUAGAUCGAGCGGCUGAUUAGUAAUAAAUCCCUACGCGAAGAAAAGAAAGAGUAAACUUUGUAACAAAGUGACCAAAGUUAAAAGAAAGAUUAUAGAAGAAAGAAAUCUUCCAUGGUCGUGCGCCUCGUAGAUUUCACAGAAAAUAUAUCCUGUACGGUGCAGGCUCUGAAAAAUAAUACGUAAACGAUGUUUUUUUCAACAAACGGAAGAGAACGCGAGAGAGUGAGCGAGCGAAUGAGAGAGAGAGAGAGAGAGAGAGAGAGAAAAGAAAAGAGAAUACGUGAGAGAGAAAUAGAAAUACUAAAGUAAUCUUUAUUCUGACGACCAUUCAUACGUGUAAAUUUUCUGCUAUAUAAUUAAUUCAGUGUAAUCUAGUUAUUUAACUAAGUAAAGAUAUUUCAUAGGAACGUGUCCCGUUCUUAAUCGUAUCGUUCUCGUUUUAGUUUCUCCAUAAGAAGCGUUCCGAUUAAUUUAGAGCGUGAAUUAUGGUUUGUAUCGUGGAAAAAGUGAAUUAUCGUUUGUCUGCUUGCACUUAAAAGGCUGUAUCGUGGUUUUUUCACUCGUGUUAUCUGUAAAGAACAUUAUAUUUGCAUCGCUGCAACCAAAUCUCGAGCAGACGUUUUCAUUUCAUAGUACAUUUGUUACCAGAGAAAUGGGAGAGGGUGGGGAAAAAAAUGAUAUCGGACAUGAAAAUUUGAUGUAAUCGAAGCAGAAAUGGAAAAAAAAGGAAGAAGAGGGAUCAUUGUAUAUUUUAUUACCAGUUUGUUUGUCAUUCGACUUCCUUUGGAGAAAAAUAAAUGCCUGUCUGGUAAAGAAACUUGUCUUUUCGGCACCUCGCGUAACUUGUGUUACGUUAAUCGACAUUCGCGAGCGGUAACGUCGGACAAAUUUCCAGAAAAAUACUGCUACGAUUCAAGCAGAGAAACAACACGGAACUGGCCUAAUUAGUUUUACACAUGGAAUUUGUUUUCCUCGCCUUUCCUACCGGUUGUCGGUUUGUUUUUAUUGACCGUAAUGUGAAACCCAGCCACCGACCACUUUGCGUGGGAGACGUCGCAUCCAUCUACGUCCGUGCGUUUCCAUGUAGGAAGCGCAAGUGCUUCGUGUUCUUCGGCAAACCGUUUGUCGAAAACACUCGAGCUUUUAAGCGUAUGCCCUAAUGAAAAACGUGAAAUUUUCUACCCUAGUACGUUUUAUAUAAAUAUGUUCGUACGAAAAAGGCACGUUGUCUCUGCUGAAUAAAUUUCGUCGAAUUUGAACGAGCGGUGGAAGGGAAAACGAGUCGGACUCCGAAAUUUGUUGAAAAAGGAAGUAAAGGUCCGUAACGCCCUGUUAAAUCGAUACAGGAUCGUUUUUCUUUAGUUACCUUUCAGUUCUAAUAUCGAUCUUGAGCCUACGUGUUUCUAUAUGUAUAUACGAAGCAACAGGUAAAGCAACCGAUAAAAGAAAGGAAAAGCUAAUAGGAUGUUUUUUCGUUUUCAGAUUUCAUCCAACUGCAUCGAAUCAUUUAACGCGUUGACUGCCAUAUCACCUCUACGUAAGCAGUAAUUAGGAAUCUAUCAGGUGUACAAUAUAAGAAAUUCGUUAACUCGUCGGAUUAAAAGUAAUCGUGCCGGAUAUUUCGAGAAUGAUCGAUAACGUUUGUUAAAAGGUAGAAAUAUUAACGAAGAAAGUAAUAUCGAGGGGCCUGCGACGUGGCAGUCGACGUAUUAAACUUUUCUUUCCUUUCUAUUUUUCUUACCGAAAUAUUCGUUUAAUCGCGUAUCUGCCUGCCCCAAAAAUUCCAAAUUUUCUCUAUUCGACGCUUCUCUACUCUUUGACAAUCUUUCUGCUGUAUCGUUUACUAACGUGUCCUCUUUUUGUCAGCGAAGCAUCGUGCGAAUGAUUCGGUCGCCCCUAAUCGAGAAUACACGUGCGUUCCACGUGUGUACGUUUAAAAGAGGGGGGCAGGAUAGGUUAGAGGGUAGGGAUUAGGGGUGCCUGUUCAGCGAAGGAGGGCCGGAGGGGAGGCGAGAGUAGGAGGAGACGAGGAAGAGAAGAAGAAGAAGAGAAUUGUGGAGGAAAGGAAGGAAACCGCAGCAGUUAGUCAUUUACGAAUAAGCUACUGACAAAGCCGGACGUCUCCGUUUCGAGCGAACGCAGUCGUCGAACGAUUUGACCGAUAGCGAGGUGGUCGCGGCAUGGCUGCACGAAAGAAAGAGGAUUCGUCGAAACAACGUUAUCAAGCGAACGCGCGCGAAAGGGACCGCACACAUAGGUGAAAACAUCAUCUUUUUCACGGACCGUUAUAAUUUAUUGUACUCCGUGUUGUAGAUUUUCAAGUUAAACAUCGUUAUAAAAUAACGAACAUACACUCGUGCACGAUAAGAAUUAAUCUGACAUUGGCUGUUACAUUUUAA